UCCAUGGCAGAUAUUUAUGAUUCCUUGCAGAUUUCUUCAUGCCCACCUCUAUAUUACAACUCGGUGCAAUAUAUAUCAAUGAAUUGAAGUAAACUACUCCGAUCCCUGAAAUGGCGUGGAACACAUCUUCUUCUUCUUCUUCGUCCCCUGGCUUCUGGUCUCUCUUCACCAGAAUUUUCUGCAGAAAAGCUUCGUAUCUUCUCCCGCCAUGCACGAAGGCGUCCUCAAUCGCCGGCGUGGACGUGGAGAGUCUGAUCGCGCGUUCAGAGGAGUACUCGGAGAUCCCGGAGCUGAAGAUGAGCCAAGAAGUGAUGGGGAGAAAUAUUAAUAAUAAUAAUGAAGUGUUUUGGGAAUGGGCGCUGCUGGUUUCGCCGUUCUUCUUCUGGGGCACGGCCAUGGUGGCGAUGAAGCAAGUUUUGCCCAAGACUGGGCCCUUCUUCGUCUCCGCAUUCCGGUUGAUUCCGGCGGGUUUGAUAUUGAUUUUCUUUGCCGCAUCCCGUGGCCGGAAGUUUCCUUCCGGAAUCGCUGCUUGGCUUUCCAUCGCAGUUUUUGCACUCGUCGAUGCUGCUUGCUUUCAGGGUUUUCUUGCUCAAGGGCUGGAGAGGACAUCAGCUGGCUUAGGCAGUGUGAUAAUAGAUUCACAGCCUCUAACUGUAUCUGUCCUUGCUGUGCUGUUAUUCGGCGAGUCGAUCGGGUUCAUAGGAGCUGCAGGGCUUGUGUUGGGGGUGAUAGGCCUUCUACUUCUUGAGGUACCUGUCUUGGUGCUUGAUGAUGGCAAGUUUUCAUUUUGGGGAAGUGGAGAGUGGUGGAUGCUUCUUGCUGCACAAUGCAUGGCAGUUGGCACAGUUAUGGUUCGUUGGGUAUCUAAGUACUGUGAUCCUAUCAUGGCUACUGGAUGGCACAUGGUUAUUGGUGGUCUGCCCCUAGUGGCUAUAUCUUUACUGAAUCAUGACCCUGCUCUUAAUGGGAGUUUUGUGGAGCUGACUUCUACUGAUCUUUUGGCACUACUUUAUACCUCGGUUUUUGGCAGUGCCAUUAGCUACGGUGUGUAUUUCUACAAUGCAACACGAGGCAGCCUGACAAAGCUUAGCUCUCUGACCUUCUUGACUCCUAUGUUUGCUUCCAUAUUCGGGUUCGUGUACCUCGGUGAGACCUUCACUCCUGUUCAAAUGGCGGGAGCAUUGGUAACUCUGGUUGGCAUAUACAUGGUUAAUUACAAAAGCUGUUACGAAUGAAGUGUUUACGGGGGAUAAUACUCAUGGCAGGAGGACCACGAGGAAGAAAUGUUGUUAGCGGAACAGAUCCAACCGGAGAUGUUUAUACUGUGUAUGAUAACAGUCGAGAGAAAAAUGCAGACAAAGCAAGAGUGACUAGGAAUUGAUAUGUAUGAAGACAAUGAUACACUUUAUUGCAGUCAAAUCCAUAAGCAAAACCAUAUUGUUGGCAAA